AUUCUUUGUUUUCCUGGGCAGGGGGAAGGGGCAGUAGCUCUCCAAGGAUGGGGCUCGCAGGGGACACAGCCCUCUGCAUUCAGCAAUUAAAUGAGUGUAGGUAAUAAUGAUGUACGUCCUGGCUUGCUGUUUUCACACUCAUCAAAGAGGAGUGCUCAAAUUGAGAAACAAAGAAAGAAUAAGAAUGAAUCAAAUCGUGAACGAUUCAAACCUGUGAAACAAGUCCAGCAAGAACGGUUGCAAGAAGGGCUUAAUACAGCGUUGGACUCCUCAAACAAAGGGUUUGCAAUGCUUCAAAAAAUGGGAUAUAAGCCUGGAUCUAGUCUUGGAAAGCAAGGCCAGGGAAAACUCGAACCAGUUGCUGUGGAGCUGAAGGCAGACAGAGUUGGGCUGGGAUGGCAGGAGAUGAUUUCUGAACACAGAAAGAAGCAACAGGAGAUAAAAAGACAAAAGCAAGAAAAACAUAAGAAAGAAAUAGACCCAGAGCAGUUCAGAGCUAGGAUGCGCAGUCAGCAGCAAGAAAAGUUGAUCAAUGCUGAUUUGAUGAAGAGUCAGCGAAUCUGCCAUCAGAUGGACUCGAAAGCUGAAUUAACUGAACCUGUGGAACCAUGGUUCUGGCCAAAGUAUGUGUUGAAGAAGGAAGGUGAGGAAGAUCAAGGAGAAGAGGAAGAGGAGGAAGAGGAAUAGAAUUUGA